UGUGCCAAGGCCUCCAGCUUUCAGAAGGCCUCGCUAGGAGCCGCGUCCCAGAGGAAGAAGGCGAGUGCCAAGGUGGAGCUCACCGAGGAGCAGAGGCAGGAGGUGCGGGAGGCGUUCGACCUGUUUGACACGGACGGCUGCGGGUCCAUCGAUGUCAGGGAGCUAAAGGUAGUCAUGAGAGCACUAGGGUUUGAACCUAAAAAAGAAGAGAUCAAGAAAAUGAUAUCAGAUAUUGAUAAGGAAGGAACAGGAAAAAUCCACUUCAGUGACUUCUUGGUAGUGAUGACACAGAAAAUGGCUGAAAAAGAUUCCAAAGAGGAGAUUCUCAAAGCUUUCAGACUCUUUGAUGAUGAUGAAACUGGCAAAAUCUCUUUCAAAAACCUCAAACGUGUCGCCAAAGAACUGGGAGAAAAUAUUACGGAUGAAGAGCUGCAGGAAAUGAUCGAUGAAGCAGACAGAGAUGGGGACGGAGAAGUGAACGAGCAAGAAUUCUUGCGGAUCAUGAAGAAGACCAGCCUUUACUGAAACAGAAUUUUAUUCAUUUUUGCACAUGUGUUUAUAUGUUUGGUAGGUGCCUCACUUUUUUUACAGUCUUUUAUUUCUUUUGAGACAGCAGAAAAUACAGGUCAAUUUUUUUUUUUUUAAGUGGAUGAUCUUAAACUUGUGUUUGUGAACAGUUACUACCUGCUGACCUGUUUCCGUGUAGCAAUGUUGCUGCUUGUUUG